AUGGCAGAGAAGCUCAAAUAUCUGGACCUUUCAUAUUGUAAAUCCUUGGAAGAUACGGACUUCCUCUCAGCUUUUAAGAAGUUAAAGGUACUCGUCCUCAAUGGGUGUAAUAGACUGAAGCAAAUUGACACUUCCAUUGAAGACAUGGAGGGCCUCCUUCGUUUGGAGCUGCGUGCGUGUUUCUACCUCACGGAGCUUCCAGCAAAUAUAGGUAAAUUAAAAGCAUUACAGCAACUCGAUCUUUGGCAUACUAAAUCCCUUUCUGCAUUACCAAAUAGCAUAGGGUCUUUGGAGAAUCUAGAGAUUCUAGAGAUUUCUGGAAGUGGUAUAGAAGAAUUGCCCAACGGUAUUGGAAGUUUGAGAAAGCUCCGAGAGUUACGUGCUUCCUAUUGCAAUAAUCUGAAAGGGAUAAUGGUAGAAAGCAUAUGUAAUCUUUCUUCCCUACGACGGCUUGAUUUUCUUUGCUGCUACAAGCUCCAAUCGCGCCGGACCUUCCUUCGGCUUAACAUAUUUGGGCAUCACUUGUCAAAGUCGCAAAUUGCCUUUGCUUUCCCACUUGGCCCAUCUCAAGGAACUAUGAGUUCACAAUUGUGGAUUUCUCCAGUGCAUCCAGGAGUUUCCAUCAACGCAAUUAAAGAGUUAGAAUGCUCCCAACUGACGGACAUUGAAGAAUCAGAAUCACCACAAUCCCUAAACACGCCCUUCAAGUUGGAAUUCUUGCAAUUCUUGAGCUGUGGAUCUGUCGAAACGCUGGACGUUUCACAGUCAGUCCAUCUAAGGACAUUAGAGGUUGACCGUUGCAAGAAUCUACUUGAAGUUGGAGUUCUUGACAAAUUGAUAUAUUUGGAAAGCUUGAUUAUCGGAUUCUGCUAUUCAAUUAAACGGUUGGACCUUCCAAAAUUCGAGGGUUUAAAGAAAUUGAAUGUUUAUAGCUGCAACAAAUUAGCCAAAAUUCAAGGCCUUGAUAGGUUGGAGUAUUUGGAAAGGCUAGAUAUCGAAAAUUGCGCUUCAAUUAAAAGGCUAGACCUUCCAAAAACCGGGAGGCUUAAGAAAUUACAGGUUUGGCACUGCAAAAACUUAGCCGAAAUUCAAGGGCUCAAUAGUUUGGAGCAUUUGGAAAGUCUAAAUAUGUCUAGGUGCACUUCAAUUGGAAGGCUAGACCUUCCAAAAUCCAUAAGUAUGAAGAAAUUAGAUGUUGAUUGGUGCAAGAAAUUAGCUGAAAUUCAAGGUCUCGAUAGGUUGCAGUCCUUGGAAGAACUAGAUAUCUCUUGGUGCGCUUCAAUUGAAAGGCUACUCCUUCCAAAAUUCGGGAGUCUGAAGAUAUUAAAAGCUAGAGACUACAAAAACUUAGUUGAAAUUCAGGGCCUCGAUAAGUUGGACUUUUGGAAGAACUGA